AUGUUCGGACUCAGUCAUUUGGCGCUUCGCCAAAGCUUCAACACGCGGCUGACGCUCGCCGUGCUGCUGAUAGCGAUCUCGCAAUUCAACUUUGGAUUCGACCAACAGGGCUUCGCCUCAACCCAGGCGAUGGAUGCCUUUGCCCGCAAGUUUGGCGACUGGAACCCCCAGAAGAAGGUCUGGUUCCUUGAACCCUCCUGGGUCGCGAUGUUCAACGGGUUCAAUUACAUCGGACAGGCCACAGGGGUCGUCAUCGGCAGCUACGUCAGCAAGCGUUUUGGGAGACGAAUGUGUGUCUUCUGUAUGAGCAUCUGGGCCAUCGUUGCGGCUACGAUCGUUAUCACUUCGAAGAACCGAGACCAAAUACUGGCGGCGCGUGUGCUCAACUACAUCUACAUCGGCAUGGAGCUUUCUGUUGUGCCAGUCUAUCAGUCUGAGGUCACUCCGCCCAAGGCUCGAGGCUUCAUUGUUGGCACGUAUCAAGUCAGUCUAUACCUUGGAGGGCUAAUCAUCAACAUCAUCGCUCGCGCAACUGGUUCCCUCAAGGAUGAUAAGGCCUUUCUCAUCCCCUAUGGACUGUUUUACGUCGUCCCAACUUUUGUCGCUGCAUGUGUCUGGUUCAUCCCAGAGUCUCCCAGAUGGCUAGUGAUGAAAGAUAGACGAGAGGACGCCCUCAAAUCUCUGCACCUCCUCCGAGAUGGCAAAUUCACCGACGAAGAGAUAAUGGCGGAAUUCGCACAUAUUGUUGGCGGAAUAGAACACGAGCAAGAGAAGGGUAAUUUCAGGAGCAUCUUCCGGGGAGCACAACUCAAGAGAACGGGCAUCGUCAUUGGAGCGAAUAUUUUCCUUCAGUCCACCGGGCAACUCUUCACUUCUAUCUACGGAGCGCUGUUUGUCAAGUCCCUCGGCACGAUCAACCCGUUCAAUGUUACCAUCAUAAUUGCUGUGGUCAACCUCUGCACAUCCGUUCUGGCAAUGGUUCUCACUGAUAAGUUAGGACGAAGGUUUCAACUUCUCGUGGGGGCUAGUAUUCAAGUUGCGUCCCUGAUUACUAUGGGUGGUUUGGGUACUCCAGCCUCGCCAUCUAACGGGAUCAAAGCGGGCAUUAUCGCCAUGAUGGUAGUGUCGACCUUUGGGUACUCUCUCGGUUGGGCACCCAGCGCACACAUCCUGAGCGCUGAGAUCCCAAGCACUAAAUCAAGAGACAUGACAUACCGGACAGCAUCCGUCAUUAACAUUGCCGUCCAGUUUGCUGUGUCCUUCUCCAUACCGUAUCUACUCAACGCUCCUUAUGCGGCGCUCGGUUCCAAAGUUGGCUUCAUAUUUGGCUCCAUCGCUUUUGUCUCUAUCAUCUUUAUCUACUUUUGCGUGCCGGAUGUGUCCGGGCGUUCGUUGGAAGAAAUCGACUGGCUCUUCGAGUCUCGAAAGCCACUGCGCAAGUUUCGGGGUCUCAAGUUGGGCACAACUCCAGCUACCGCAAACAAAGUCGAAGAGGAAGAUGCACCCGACUCUGUCCACGUCGACCUAGAGCAGAAAUGA